AUGCUGACCCCGAUCCGAGUCCGUGGCCGCCGAAAAAGAAGAUUGUCCGAUGCUGCGGAUCCCCAGUCCAGCUAUCAUGACCCGGCGACGACGGCCGCGACACGGCGACGGCGAAAGGGCGGUCGGCCCUUGAUGUCCGUCGAGCAGAAGCUGACCGCGUCUCAAUCUCAAAGUAACAAGCGCGCGCGACUGCUGAUAGUCAAACCAUCGAAGUCGCGCAAAACGCGCUCGAGACUGGAGGCCCUCCCGGUGGAACUCAUCGAAAAGAUCUUCCUGUACUCGUUGAAUGCGAACCUGCCCCGGUCAUCGCCGUCCCUCGCAUCUGCAGUCUCCAGCGAACGGAUCUACCGCGCCCUCAUCCUGCUAGCCUUCUGGAAUGACACCUCGUCGACGCCUUCGGUUACCUCCGGUACCACGAUCGCGAAAAUCCUCCGACCGUUAGAUUACGUCCCCCUCGACUAUGGCGAGCGCAAAGCCCUCCAAAUCAACAUCCUGCGCUGUAAAUGGUGCACCGUCGACCGACUUCUAUCCCAACUUCCGGACCUCAUGAACCUGACCAUCCAACGACACUGGGUAAACGCAGGGAUCAGUAUGGCGGCCGACCAAGAAGCGGGCCUUGCGCGCUUCCUCUCGCGACAAGAGGAUCUGCGCACCUUUGAAGGCACCGACGCCAACAACGCCCACUACACCUUGUCCAUCAACCCCCUCAUCUCGAUCCAAAUCACCUGCCACGAAACCGAUCACCAGCAAACGCACCAGAUCCUCGGCAUGCUCAACUUCCCCGACAAACUCCUCCGCGGCGGCGGCGGCGACCACGACCCGGACCUCUUCACGCAGGAGCACGUCGCCUGUCUCGAAAUCCUCCGAGUCACCAGCGGGUUCGCCCGCCCGGACCUCAUCCAAACCAACAUCCACGUCUCGCGCGAAGCCAUACAAGCCGGAAUCCACACCGCCCUGAUCGAACACAACGCGCGCGCGCUCACCACCCUCCUCAAAAUCGACGAGUACGUGUUCCGCAGCGAGCACACCGCCAUCGGCCCCGACCAAACCAGCACGCCCUACACCCUCCCUGCAGAACACUACCGUACAGCCGUGCGCGUCGCACGCUACGACCCCACGCUCUUCCAGCUCCUCCUCCGCGCCAGCACCGAGUCCAUCCCCGCCGACGACGCGGAGAUCACACAGUGGGCUAUGGACCUGAAUGAUGCUUUCGGUCACUGGUUGCUCGAUCUGAUGCUGUGUCUGCCGCAGCGGGUGGAGGCGGCGAACGCGAACCCGGUCGACGGGGCGCUGUUUUAUCUCGGCAGGGCGAAUGGUCAGUUGGAUCUUGCGCGACGGUAUUUGAGGGAUGUGUUGGGGGUAGAGGAGUUGGGGUGUUGGAUGGAGGAGUGUGAGGUGGAUGUGCAGGGGCUGUGGAUGGAGAAGGCUGUUGCGUAG